UUCUACUUUAAGGACACGUCACGGCUGACAUUUAUGCAUUAGUGCAAUACACAAUCGGUAUUCAAAUUGUGUUUCCAAUUCAUGUACUCAUUUGAUAAGUCCUCAAUAUCUAUUUGGAAAUAAGGGAUGUGCUUUGUAUGAUUGCAACACUGUGAGUUGCUCUAAUUAGUGACAAAUGGCUGAAACAAUAGGAAUUCUUACGUGAUUUGGAUAGACAAAACGACAGUAAGAUUCAAAAUGGAUAGCAGUUAAAGAUAGUGAAACCAGUGCCCAAUAGGGGAAGUUUAUCGUGUCCAAAACUAGUAACAGAUAUAGAUUACAAUUCUACAAAAGAAUGAAAAUAAAUAAUGGUCUGGGGAAAACACUGGUACUAAUUUUUGCAGCAUUGCUAGUUGUUGCACUUGUAUUCGUGUUUCAUGCCACACGCAUGUUCAACAUUUCAAGACAAAUGUUCAUUACUAGUUACGCAGCAAAGGACUAUGCCACCGGUGAUCCAAGUAAUCCAACGUUUUACAACCUUCUACUGGAAGAGGAAGCGCUCAAGUUUGAACGAUGCAAAGAUAUAAAUAAAGCAGCUUCUGUACAAAGAUCAAUAAUAUCAUUGACAAAUCAUGUUAAUAGGACAUACAACAUUGGUGAAACAAUUCGAGCAACUGUAACGCUUCAUGAUGGUUACAAUAAACGUAAAUAUUCAGGAGGCGAUCAUCUGAGAGCGAGAAUACAAAACAAAGUACUUAAGGCAUCAGCUCCUUGUAUAGUGACUUACAACAAAGAUGGAACGCAAACGGUUGCGUGUGAGGCAUUGUGGACGGGGACUUCAACAAUCAUCGUGACUCUAGCACAUACAGUAGAGACAAUUGCUACCAAUUAUCGUCUUAAAACACAGGUUUUAGCUACUCGAGUUCUCGAGGGAUUGUUCAAAAGUAGAAACUACAGUGAAGUCACUACCUGUCAUCCGAACCAUGUACAUCUUCUGAAGCACAAGAGUUACAGAGAACUUUGUAAUAUGACAUACAUGAACUCAGGAAUGCCAUUUUAUUGCGGGAAACCUAAAAGCGAGCAUUUGCUGUGCGAAGACUGGCAGUUCGUUAGAGAAGGGGAAAUAUUCCCGGGUUUUCAAACUACACAGUGUGAGCAGACAUUAUUGAACAGAGGAAAACGUACUUUUAGGCAGACCUUAGAUGUUAAAGUAGAAAAUAAAAUUGGAGAUAACCACGUAAUAGACAAACCAAGUGUACCUUGCAAAUCAUACAAUAUUUCCCUUUUGUGGCGGUCCAGAGGACUUACUGGCUUUUUCUUUAAUGGAAAAUGGAAUCUUCGGAAUUGUUUUGGUUUCCAGGGCAAUGAUUACAAGAAAUGCCUGGAAAAUAGGCAUUUAUAUUUGUUUGGCGAUUCUACUACCAGGGGCUGGUAUAAAGAAAUUCUCAACCGAUUCAAAUGUCAACGUAUCACAGAAAAAUGGUGGAUGGGAAGGUGGCAUAAGGAGUCGGAGUGUUUCAAUAAACAAAUAAAUUUCAAAGCAGGAUGGUAUCCGCACGCUCAUCCAUUUUUUGUUACAAAUGAAUGGGACGAUGUGCGCUACAAUUUAUAUUCAAUCUCUCGCCGUAUAGACAAUAUACCACAAACUGAACAUGCUAUUGUAGUUAUACAUAUGUACCUGCAUAUGUUACCAUUUCAUCAUAGCGUUUUUCAGCAAAAAAUGAAAAUCAUUCGUAAAAGUGUUGAAACGUUUUUAGAAAAAAAUAAAUAUUCCAUAGUUAUGGUUAAAGGACCACAUACAUUUGAAGUCAACCAGACUACAAGAUUCAGACACAGUGAUUAUUUUGGGUAUCUUUAUAGUAAGAUUAUUUAUGAAGUAUUUGAGGGUUUACAAGACAGAAUCAUUUUAUUAAAUAAUAGGGACGUAACUAUAGCUCAGCCAAACAAAGGUGUUCAUCCACCAAAAAACGUUGUAAAUGCUAUGAUAGACCAAAUGCUAAGUUAUGUUUGUGAUCAAUGAACGAUAAACAUUUUGACUAAAAUUAAUAUUCUCUAUCUAAAUACCACAACGUGAGUGAAAACGCCUAUUAUUUACAGGUGGAAUUACUUAUUACGUACUCAAAAUUGGAAAUAAAGCUCAUGGUGUUCAAGGUCA